CUAGGUAUGAACUUUUGACCAUUGCCCUAGUCUUUGCUCAGUUUCACGCCAGUGGCUUCUAGGAAACUUUUGGCGUUGCUUUACCUGAAGAAAUAGGGGGAAACUAAAAGGACCACAGGAGUCUAAACCUUUCAAGAGGUAAGCCAUCGAUCAAACUUAAGUGUCAGGGAAACCUUCAACUGAGUUCUAUCCUCCGUUUGUAACUUCUAGGGUAUGCACGUCGACAUCCAAACAAGGCACUAAUUUUCAUAACGCACUCUCUAAACAGCAACUAGACGGCAGCAAACCGAGUUCCACCGCUCUCAAGCCGGAGGCGGCUAUCGAACCAAGCACCUUGGUUUUCGGCAGAUUUGGGACAAUGUAACUAGAUAGACAAUCCAAGACUGUGUUCACAAAGUAGUUUAAUCGCAGAGCCUAUAAAAUCUGAACCCGAUACCAAUCAUUUCAAACUCCAUCGGAGGUGGUAAUCAGCAGCAGCAAACUUAUUUUCUUUCGAAUUGGUAAGAUUCCGAGGCGGAUUAUAGCAGCCAUACACCUCACUAAAAAGGCCCUCAAGACAGUAGUAGGCCUGGGUUCGAGUCACACCUGGUAUAGAGGUGUGUUCUAACAUAUCUGAACAGGAUGAUUAGAAAAAAUACCAAGAAGACAGAAUCUGAUUUCUCGUUGGAUAAAUCUGGUGAACCAACCAGGGAGCUUUCCUAUUUAGAUCCCACUUUAAAAACUAUUUAGUAGCUGGAAACGGCCAAAUUUGAGCACAGGUGCUAUAUCUAUCUCAACUGGCAGCUGAAAAUCCCAAGAUUCUAAUUACUAACCACUGAUUUGUUAUUUUCCUCUGAUUCUAAGAAGGACAUUAGACAUUUUUCCUUGACCCAUGCUGAAAAAGGAUGAGGAUGGCUAGACUGGUAACAACAGCUUGUGACUUUUUGUGUAAUUAAAACUGUUCAGUGUCUGUGUUAAUACAUGACAUCUGGCUAAAAGGUGAAUUUGCAGAGGUCUGCCGUCACUCAUUGACUCAUCCUACUAAGUGUCGUGGCUAUUAAUCACCUGAGUGUUUUGAUUGUUGCAACUGCACAAAUUCAAGGAUAAUUAUUUCACCAAACUCCUGAUUUGAGUCUUAUAAAUAUUGUUUAGUUUUUGAGGGGUAAGAAGAAGAGAUACUCGUCACAAAGUACCCGGUCACUGUUCUGUUUUAGAUCAUAGAAUUGCUACAGUGCAGAUAGAGACUAUUUGGCUCAUCUAAUCUACACCAACCUUUCAAAGGUCAUCCCAAACAGACUGUGGCUAAUCCACCUAGCCUGUACAUCCCUGGACACUGAGCACAGUUAGUCCACCGAAACUCCACAUCUUUGGACUAUGGAGGAAACAGGAGCAUUUUGCCAGGAACCCAUGUAGACACAGGGCGAAUGUGCAAACUUCACACAGUCACCCAACGGUGGAAUCAAAUACAGAUCUCUGGCAUUAUGAGGCAGCAGUGCUAACGACUGAGCUUUUUGGAGCUAUUAUGUUGAUUUGGCUGGACACAUCAGGCUUCUGGUCAAGGUGACCCUCAAGACAUUGCAGCUAUGCCGCGCUGUGUGGAAGUGAUUAUCAUUGGGGCUGGGAACCGGGGGCAGACUUAUGCAUUGUUUUCAAAAGAUUUUCCAGAGCGAAUGAAGGUUGUGGGAGUAGCAGAUUGUCGUUUAAUUGCCAGACAGAAUUUGCAGAUGAAGUACUCAAUUCAAGAUUGUAACAUCUUCAGCGAUUGGAGAGAAGCUGCAAAACGGGAGAAAUUUGCAGAUGCCGUGAUCAUAGCAACUCCAGACAGGCAUCAUAAGGAUCCAACAGUGGCAUUUGCAAAGAAGGGCUACCACAUCCUACUGGAGAAACCCAUGGCAGUGACUGUGGAUGAUUGCAAGGAGAUUCUUCUGGUAUGCAAGGAGAAUAAUGUGAUACUUGCAGUUUGCCAUGUACUGAGAUACUCCCCACCAAUUCUAAAAGUACAUGAGCUGCUAUGCCAGGGAGUGAUCGGAGAAGUGGUCCAUUUACAACAUCUGGAACCUGUUGGUUUUUAUCACUUUGCUCACUCGUUCGUUCGAGGGAAUUGGAGAAAUGAGCAGGAAAGCACCUUCUCACUCAUGGCAAAAUCUUGUCAUGACAUUGACAUCAUCAACAGCUUGAUGUUUGGAAAGAGGUGCAUCAAGGUAUCAUCAUUUGGAUCUCUGUCUCAUUUUAUCAAAGAUGACAAGCCCGAGGGUGCUGCUGACCGAUGCUUGGAUUGUGCUGCGGAGAAGUGUUGCCCAUACUCUGCUAAGAAACUUUAUCUGGAAGGUGUCAAGAAUGGCAAGAAAGGAUGGCCCAUCUCUGUGAUCUGUGAAGGGUCUACUGUUGACAUUGAAUCGGUUACAAAGGCACUUCGUGAAGGUCCAUAUGGAAGAUGUGUUUACGAAUGUGAUAAUGAUGUUGUCACCCAUCAGGUUGUGAAUAUGGAAUUUGAGGAAGGAGUGACAGCAGCUUUUACGAUGGUGGCUUUCACUGAAAAGCUGGCUUCUCGGAAAAUAACCAUUUAUGGAACUGAGGGGGAGCUGUCAAGUGAGGGCCAGGAUCCAGUGACAGUUUUCGAUUUCCUUACGCAGACAAAGACUGAAUAUCCCUUGGACUAUUCUUCAAUACAGAACACACACUUGGGAGGACAUGGAGGAGCUGAUUACUAUCUAAUGGACAGCUUCAUACAGGCUGUCGCUGAGAACAAUCCAUCACUGAUCAGGACAGGUCCUGAAGAGACCCUGUUGAGUCACCUGCUGGUAUUUGAUGCUGAACGUUCGAGGAGAGAAAACCGCGUGGUUUUCUGUGCCAAUACAGAAUAAUCAAAUGCUGUGAUCAUUUCAACAAUCAAAAGAUAUUUGGGCAUAGAUUUUAGGAAAUUAAUACUCCUAAUGCAGGGGUUAUGUUUCAGGAGUAGUCUACCACUACUUUCCAGAGAAGGAUGUUGUGGUACGCUAGAUUCUGCACUCAAAUCACUUUUUCAAAAAUCCACUCCUGGAGAUUAAAAUGACAGAGCUGUGGGACUGAAUCACUUUAGAAAAUGCACACAUGUUGAAAUUUGCUGAAGUAACACUUUCUUAGCCAAGUGGAAAUUAGUUGAACAUUCUGGUAUUUUCACCUUCUUCUCCUCCAGCAGCACAAACUCAGAGAAUAGAUUCAAAAAUCAGUACAAAACAGGAUUGUAAAUCCAAUAUCAGCAGUCAGUAAAUAUGUGCAAAUGGAUUGGCAAUCUAUUACAAUACCCUCUUGUUAUAACUGCACUCAUUAGAAACCAUGAUGAUCAACAUUGGUUUAAAUGGCUCCUGUACCAUUACAAACAUUCAAAUAAAAAUAAAAUACUGUGCAUGCUGGAGAUCUGAUACGUAAAAUGCUGGAGAAACUCAGCAGAUCUGGCAGCAUCUGUGGAGAGACAAAGUUAAUGUUUCAAGUCUGGUAUGACAUUUUCAACAGUUCUGAACAAGACUCAGAUUGGACUCAGAACGUUAACUGUUUAUCUCUCUACAGAUGCUGCCAGAUCUGCUAAGUUUCUCCAGCAUUUUCUGUUUUUAUUAUGUCAAUCCCAUACCUUGCCUUUAGACACUCUGCCUAUUAUGCAUCAUUUCUGUUUUAGAGCCCACUUACAUGCACCUUAUCUAUAAAGCACCCAACCAUUUACAUCUCUAUCUAACUUUCCUUUCUGCUGAAGCAAAUAUCUCACUCCCGAGACCUGACCAUAUAAUAUUGUUCUAAGAGUCUGUGGCAAUAUUGGAGGUGCCACCUCACCUGAAAUGUUAAAUGGUCACUUUAUCUGUCUUUCUCAGAUGGAUGUGAAAGAUAAUUUGGCAUUCUUCAAAAAAAAAAUAGACAAAGCCUCCUGGCCAAUGUUUAUCCCUCAGCCAACACUGCUGAAACAGACUAUUAUUUUGUUCAGUGCCACCUUGCUGUGUUUUCCCCACAAUGACUGCAUUUCUGAAGCAGUUGUGAAGUGUUGGAGAUAUCCUAAGGUUGUAAAAGCCACUAAGUAUAUGCAAGUUCUUUCAAUCUUUUAAAAAUGAAUAAGGCACUGUUAGCUAAUCAGAAAUGUAAACAAAACCAGACAGCAAGCCCAUCAUGAUCUGAAAAUAAAAAGAUGGGUGAAUAUUUUGAUAAAAAUUUAUCAGAAUAAUUUGGACCAAAUUGUUAAGAAAUUAUCUUACCUUUGUUGAAGCUCAUUCAUCUACUGUAGGGAUAUUUGAGAACCAAGAAUCUUUCACCAAUUGCAGGACCCCUGAUAGUUAAUUCCAGAUUUAACUCUUGUUACACCUGCAUAACCUUUCUCUGAAUUUACAAAAUAAUUGUUGACUUUCUGCAAGAGCUCAGAAUGUCUGGCACACAGCCUCAUUGGGAUCUAAAUAAAUCUGCUCCCUUCCUAUCAGUCAUUUGUAGAGGACUAAUGAGAACAUAAAUUACAGUUAUUAAUCUGGUAAAUUAUUUACAUUUUAAACAGAAGUGCUGAGUUUUAUCCAUUUACAGGUUUGUUGUAUUCUUUAUAUAUCUCAUUUACCAUGCAGAAACGACACUAGUUUUAUACAUCCAUUUUAAAUACAAUGCUUUAAAAUAUUUCUUCAAUCACAGGAUAUCUUCAAAUACAUUCUCAGUUCUGGCUUUUUCGAUCUUUCUGGAAGCUUCUGUUUACUUUAGUUCUUGGAGAUUACAUCUAUGUUUAAUCAGUCAAAUGCUUAAACAUAGAUCAGUCAACAGACUAACAUAAUUAAAUAUAGAUCAAUUAAUCUAUUGAAUACUGCACCAAAAUGAUAUUUUAGAAUUUUUGUGAUAAUAGAAACUGUGAUUGAUUUAACUCAGAUCUUUAUUCAAUAGGUUGGAAAAUUACAAAAUAGCAGAGAAUGUGGGAAUAAAAACCCAGUACAAUGUGAGAAGAUUCACAAUUACAAUGUGAUGUGCUAUGGUACUUAAACCAGUGAAACUAUGGUCAGGAACAGCUCCUUCAAAUGAGCUGGGAUUGAUUUUCCAAAAAGCUCUGCAGACUGAGACCACAGAGCCAACAGGAGAGUUUUGAGAGAGAGGGGUCUCACUGGAUAGAUGAGCAAAGAUCUGGCUAUUGACUCCCUUAUGUGUUUAUUUAGUGAGCUGUAACGUCGAACAACCCCUUGUGAAUGCUGGGCUGGUGAUUGUACAUAGUGUUAUAUUUGUAGGGUUUUAUGUGUAAUUGUUGGUAAGUGACAGGCAGUCAGACCAAUCUCUGGUUGAAGUUGAUUUGGGGGGGAUUUAAUCCAAAUGUAUGAACUGAUGGGAUCUGAUUCUAACUCAGGACUUAGUAGGAUGUAGUCUGACUACAAGACUUACAUUUAGAAAUCAACAACUGGAUCAAUUGUAAAAUGGGUGGUAUUUGAAAUAGCUAAUUCAAUCCCCUCAAUCUCCCACUCUUGAGUUUGGUUAAAAUUAUCUCCCAAAAAUCUGAAAGUCAGCAACAUUACAGAAGAUAUUUGUUGUUAGUUGUUGAUUUUUUAACAGACCAAUUCCGGAAGUGCUGAAACUGGCCUCUGCACUGCAGUGGAGCACCAAGCAAAACAUCAGAAAAAGACAAGUAAAAGUGAUUUCCAAAUUUUAGUGUGAAUAGUUUUAUUUUAUUUGUACAAGAAGUGAAUUUACUUAUAAAUUACAAUCAGAUUAAUACUGAAUAUGAAAAUUUAGAAUUAUUUUGUUAUUUUUAAUUGCAAAUUAAAACAAAAGAUUCUGGAA